ACGGCCGGUUCCGGCUGAAUGUCAGUGCGGAGCUGUGGGCCGGGGAGGAAGGUGGUUGGCGGUCCCCCUACCACCUCCGCCGUUGUCUCCUUCGCUUGUGUUGCCGCUGCGGGCGCCCGGCCGCUCGGCCGCUCGGGCAUGAGACCGUGAGGCGGGCAACGCGUCGGGGCCGCCAACAUGUUUGGCCGCUCGCGGAGCUGGGUGGGCGGGGGCCAUGGCAAGUCUUCCCGCAACAUCCACUCCUUGGACCACCUCAAGUAUCUGUACCACGUCUUGACCAAAAACACCACAGUCACAGAACAGAACCGGAACCUGCUAGUGGAGACCAUCCGUUCCAUCACUGAGAUCCUGAUUUGGGGAGAUCAGAAUGACAGCUCUGUAUUUGACUUCUUCCUGGAGAAGAACAUGUUUGUUUUCUUCUUGAACAUCCUGCGGCAGAAGUCAGGCCGCUACGUGUGCGUUCAGCUGCUGCAGACCUUGAACAUCCUCUUUGAGAAUAUCAGUCACGAGACCUCACUUUAUUAUUUGCUCUCUAAUAACUAUGUAAAUUCUAUCAUUGUCCAUAAGUUUGACUUUUCCGAUGAGGAGAUUAUGGCAUAUUAUAUAUCGUUCCUGAAAACACUUUCGUUAAAACUCAACAACCACACCGUCCAUUUCUUUUACAACGAGCACACUAAUGACUUUGCCCUGUACACAGAAGCCAUCAAGUUUUUCAAUCACCCUGAAAGCAUGGUUAGAAUUGCUGUAAGAACCAUAACUUUGAACGUCUACAAAGUGUCAUUGGAUAACCAGGCCAUGCUGCACUAUAUCAGAGAUAAAACCGCUGUUCCUUACUUCUCCAAUUUGGUCUGGUUCAUUGGGAGCCACGUGAUCGAACUUGAUAAUUGUGUGCAGACUGAUGAGGAACACCGGAAUCGGGGGAAACUGAGUGACCUGGUGGCCGAGCACCUGGACCACCUGCACUAUCUCAAUGACAUCCUGAUCAUCAACUGUGAGUUCCUCAACGAUGUGCUCACAGACCAUCUGCUCAACAGGCUCUUCCUGCCCCUCUACGUAUACUCACUGGAGAACCAGGACAAGGGAGGAGAACGCCCGAAGAUCAGCCUGCCGGUUUCUCUCUAUCUCCUGUCGCAG